GUUAAGAAAAUCACUCUGUAUUUUAAGUGUACGUCCUAAAUCGAAGUCGGCAUAGCGUCCGACAAAUAUUUUGCUCAGAUUAUCAGUAUUGGCGAUGUUUUUUAUGCCGAGAACAAUUAAUAUUCUGAAUUGGUGAGGAAGAUAAAUGAAAAAAACUAACAGCGAACCGUAUUUGAGCUGUUUUCUGUUGACGGUUGGGCAAUAAUGAUUCCCCGACAUUCUUAUGCGACGCCUUGUAGGCUGACAGCUAGUCGCGAAUAUUUUCUCGAGUUGACACAUGAUUCUGUUUUUCCAUUUCCUCGUAAUUGACAUUUUUUUUACACGCGGUCCAAAAUAUCACUCAACGCUGGCACUCCUUUCACACUUUAUAAAAACAUAUUUUAUUUUAUCAGGAAAAGUUCCCACACAAUUAUUUUAUAAUUAAAUACAUUUUUUACGAUCAAUUCGUUUAAAUGCAAAAUAAAAAUAAUUGUAGAGUUUUAUGAAAUUGAUACUAAAUAAUCCAAAUUGAAGUUAGCAGCUGAACGUGUUAAGUUUUACUAAAUUAAUGAUGCGAUUAAUUUCUCAAAGUUUUUGAGUUUGAAGAUAAUAACAACAUUGCCUUAACUUUAAAACCAAGUUUAUAUAAUAUGUACAGUUAGCGUUUUAUAAAUACUAAAGACGACAAAUAACAUUUUAUAUUUUGUACCGGUGUGCUUGUCAUAUGAACUUAUAUCAAAAUGCACCUGGAAAGUAAAUCCAAGUGCAUUAAAUUAUUACUUGAAUGAAAACAAUUUUACAACGACAUAAAAAUCAAUAAUUAAUUUGUUGCCGAGUUCAUUUUAGAAGAGUAAAACUUUUUGUUCAAAGACAACUAUUAUAAGUAAUGGAAUAGCUUAAAAAUUAAAAAAGAAUAAAACAAAUUUAGGGGUAUAGUAAUUAACUUUUUAGUUAAACAUUUAUUACAAGUGCUGAUAAAAGCAGUAAUUUUAUAUUAUUUUAAAGUUCAAAUGAACUACUUCUUUAAACCGCCAUUAAAGAUAUUCUUCUAGUUCGUUGUAAAAUACUCAAUAAGUAUACUGUAGAAUCAAAUUUUUGUUCACUCGAAUAAUACUAAAUCAUAAUAUUUUAGUGUCUUUUGUUGUUUAAUCGCUGAAAAUUGUUUAACAAUUAUUUGUAUGUGUCAAUACAAAAACAAAAGAACUGUUUUUUAUUAAUAUAUUAUUAUUUUUGCAGUAAAACGUUUGUAUAUUAUUUUAUGAUCACGUGACACUCAUAACAUACAAUUUAUACAACGCAUUCUCAUAACAUGAAUGAAUGUACAUUAUACUUUUGUUGUGUGUAUACUAAUACAUGACAAUAACGCUGGUACGGAUCAUAUUGUAGCCGAAAUAUUUAUAAUAGCGGUCGUAACAACGGAAUGCCCAAAGAGUCGAGUGGAUUGUUGCAAUUUAAGUAAAACACAUUGUAGGGUUUUGUAAUUUAAGUAGGAGUAUGGUAUAGAAAAAUACACGUAGAGGAAUUUUUUUAUACUUCCAAUUAUUCCUCCACCGUUGAUUUUUCACGCUGGUCACAUUAAACAUUGCCGAGCUGAUUUCGAAAGAAGAAAGUAUAUUCCUGCGCGCCUUUUUCCACCGCAUGUCCAACUCUGUUCUACUGUAUCGGUCGCGUGUUCAUAUCCUAAAGACAAAUCAGCCACUGACACAAUGUCCGACUCAUCGUCCAUUAUUACAACUGCACAUGGACGUAGAAAGUACAUGGACCCGUGGGACUUGGACUUGAGAGAAGUUUCUUGGAGACAUUCAAGUGACACGACAGAUUGUUCGGCUGACCAAGUGGUGUCGCUGUCUUCUGCAGCCGGCCCCGAGUCAACAAGGUCGGAUUUCAUAUAUGUACCGGGUCGUAGAACCAGAGUUAAGUCUAGAGCACAUUCAGACAUUGUUAGUGAUCGAUUCUAUCACCAGUGUCCGCCAAAACCAUUCAGUCCUGAUAUGACUGAUGUAUAUGAAUAUUGGGAACUACCACUGACCAAACAAUACGAUCACUUCUACCACGUUCCUACGUCUAGUCAAUUCUGUCUAUUGUACGACGUUUCUUCCGGACCGGAACAACGUCGGUUUUCUCGGUACACCUUUGACGUGGAAUCAAUAGACCGACUUGACGAGACAAAUAGUAGUGAAUUUACUUCUGCCAUCAAUGUCCCUAAUGGUCAAAUCUGUUACAACACAUUAGGUCAUAUGAAAAUAGAUUACUCUUCUAAUUGGAAAAACUUGGAUAAAUACAUAUGUCAUUUAUAAAAAAAAUAGAUUUAGUUAAUUGUAUUAUAUAAUUACAGGAUACAUUAAGAUGACAUAUAUUUGUUUGUGUAACUUAAAUUACUACUAUUAAUUUUAUUUUUCGGUGCUACACAAUACUAUUUAUAUUUUAAGUUUAUGAAAAACAAGUAGCUGCACAUGGUAGUUUCAAAGUAAUAACAUCGUCACAAUAACAAAUGUAUUCGCCCGUGAUGCCUAAAAGGCCUUUCAAAAAAUAUACUCACAGUGUACGUAUCGAAUA